AUGCUAAUCGUACAGAAAGUAAUAUUGAAUCCACAAUCAGAAGAUGUGAAAUCUUCCAAAAUUGUUCAAUGGAUUGCCGGAGCAGGAAAGACUGUUGGAUUAAUUAUUAAAGUAUUGAAAGAAGUGGAUUUUACAAAGAAUGAUGGUAAAUUGCAAGGUUUAGUUCUUGUUCCAACCGAUUAUUUGGAAUAUCAAAUACAUAGAACAAUGAAUGCCAUAGCUGAUUUUAUUGAUCAUUCGAGAAUUUCGAAUGAAGUUACUGAAAAUCUAAGAAUUUUAAUUACCACACCACAAAAGGCAAUCAAGAAUGGUAUAAAUGUUAGUGAAUUGGAAAUUCUUGCUAUUGACGAAAUGAAUUUCAUGUUGGAAAUUGGAACUGAAUCAAGAAGAUGUAUCAAGAGAAUAUUUAGUCAACUCCCAAAGGAAUGUGAAAUUUUAUGCACUGGUACAAGAACGUUGCCCAUUGAAUGCUACAUGCACGAUGAGCACUUGAAGGAUUCACUCAUUACAACAUGCAACAGUUAUUGUGAUAGCGAUUUCGAAGAAUUGAGCGAGAGCAUUAUAGAACGUUUUGUCUAUUGUCCAAAAGAAGAGCAGAAACUAAGCCUAUUAAGAGAAUCAUUCUUUCAAAAUUAUGAGUAUGAAUUUGAGCCUGCUCUCCUAUUCUGCAACACAUACACAAGAGCAGAACAAUAUUACAAAAUUCUAAAGGAAUCAGUAUAUCCAUCCAUUGAGCUAACUCCUCAAUUUGGAAAACCAAUUUUCACAAUUAAUGAUUGGAACUCAUGA